ACUGUUCAAUUCUAAGAAAUCCACAUCAUGGUUGCAUUCUGUUCUCCUCAGUACUCAUACUCAAACAUGGGAUGGCUCUUCCAAGAGUUAGGGCCUGCAGAGUCUUUAAAUAUUAUCGAUAAGGAGAAGAACUAUGUAACUAAUUUAGAGUACUCUUCACAAUAUCAUCAAUUCUCUUCACUAAAGCAACAACAUGUUGAGACUGAAACGCCACCACCAUCCCCUAAGCUUAUGGUGAAGAAGCUUAACCAUAAUGCUAGUGAACGUGAUCGCCGGAAAAAGGUCAAUAGCUUGAUUUCUUCGCUUCGUUCACUUCUUCCCGGUGACGAUCAAACGAAGAAAUUGAGUAUUCCGGUAACAAUUUCAAGAGUUUUAAAAUACAUACCGGAAUUACAAAAGAAGGUUGAAGGAUUAACUAAGAAAAAGGAAGAGCUUCUAUCAAGAAUUUCUCGACAAGAAUACGCGGUCAACAAAGAAUCACAAAGGAAAAUAAUUCCAAGUUAUAAUUCUUCUUUUGUUGUUUCAACAAGUAGGCUUAAUGAUUGUGAGCUUGCUGUUCAUAUCUCAUCUUAUGAGGCUCAUAAGAUUCCAAUAUCAGAGAUCUUGAUGUGUUUAGAAGAUAAUGAACUUUUUCUACUAAAUUCUUCUUCUUCUAAAACAUUUGGAGGGAGGGUUUUCUAUAACUUGCAUCUUCAGGUGGAUAAAACUCAAAGAUUAGAGUGUGAUGAUCUUAUUCAGAAGCUUUCAUCAGUCUAUGAGAGGCAGCGAAGUAAUCAAGUAGAGUUGGGAGCUAGAGAUCAUACGAUCAGGAGUGUUAUGAUAUAUUAAUUAAAAGUUGGGGAUUUGGAUUUUGGUAGUAGUUUGUACAUAUUUUGAUAGCAAGGAUUGGAAGCUUUUUUGGAAAGGAGACAAUCACUUUUGAAUUUAAUUCAAUUUAGUGAUUUAGUGAUUACUCGUUUUGUUAGUGAUAAGUUAGUUGAGUUAGUGAAGUUAGUUUGAUGUGUAAAUAAUUAGUUAACUAAGUUGGAUAUUAUGUCUUUGGAUUUAUUAGUGUGUUGUAAGCAUGAUCCAUGAGGUUUAUAAGUAAUCACUUUAGUGAUUAUGAAUGAGUUGUGAAAUGCAUAACUAAUUAAAAUAAUUUUUCCUCUCCUAGUUUGUUGUGUAUGUGUUCAAUUAGUUCCAACAAGAGGUAUCUAGAGCUUCGAGUUCAAGGGUCUGAAAUUGCUUCG